AUGAUUUCACGUCGUGAUAAAUUAUUAAAUUAUCCUUGGGAACAACAAAGAUAUGAGCAACAUAAACGAAAAGUACAUAGUGCAAAAUCUGCUGUUGAUGUACGUAGUCCGCCGGUAUAUCUCCAUGUAUUGACGAAACCCAAGAAAAUGCAAAAAGAAAAAGAACGCCUUCAAAAAAUUGAAACUGAAAACGUACGUCUCUUACAAAAACUCGGUGAAAUCAUGACUAGCAAGCGAGUUAAAAAUUUUUGGUUGGAACCAAGACCAAACUUUCUUGGUAGAGAAAAAUUAUUUGAAACACGUCCCUACUCAAGUCUGCCGAAGUUAAUUACUAUAUACGGCCCUAGUGAACAAACCGAAACGAAUAAUAAAAAUAAAUUAAAACAACCUACAUCCAAAGGUGUACAUCGAUGUCCAACUUGUAGUGGCAAUCCGGAAAGAACCUUAAUAAGAAUUCCUGAGAUACGUCUUCCUCACAUGACACCAUGUUAUCUUAGACAAAUUAAAAACAAAUCUGAAGAAGUUAUACUUAAACGUUGUAUGCAUUGUGGACAUCCUAAAUAA